AUGCUACAUCCUGGACGAAGAAGUGCUAUAAGUAUAUCCGAACUUGGACUUUAUUUCGAUCGUAGUGAUCGAUAUCGCAAAAAUCAUUACAAUUCGAUCGUGAGGAAGUUUGUCAUCGGAGUAAUGGUACUCAUAACAGUGAUAUUGGUGGCGGUAUUCUUGUACGACUUUACUUCCGCGACAUCAUCAAAUAAAAUAAGUCAAGAAACGAAGCACAUAUAUGUACUUCAAAAUGCAUUAAGAAAAGGACCAACUGUUUCGAAAAAGGCAAUCGACCCUAAAACCACUUCUGAAACAACUGUACUUCCUAUAGAAAAUUAUUCCUACGAUGAAAAUACUGAAGACAUAUUAUCACAUCAAAACGAAACAUCUGAUCAAGUUACGGAAGAAGCUUCUAUGGAACAUAUGAUCGAAGCAGAAUCGAGAUCUCAAAAUCCGAGUAAUUUUAAACUAAGAAAGAGACUCUUGAAAUCUAUUGACGAUCGUAAUGACGAGGAAGAUGGCCCGGAAAAUAAACAACUGUUUAAUAAUCAUGCGAUGAUUUAUAGGAUAAAACAAAGAUACAAACCUCCAGAGUCGGAGGAAGAAGAUGAUUUGGAAGAUAGAAAACCGAUGCCAUUUCAUUGGGAAUAUAGGACCCCACAUCCUAGCUCGUUCAAACGUGUAAAAUUUCCCCAAUUAACGCAAUACCGAUAUCCUCAUGCCUCGAGAAAUAUACAAGAUAUCAUAAAAUAUCUUACAAAUGACGCAGUAAUGCCGAGCAGAGGUGUCAAAUUCACCGGGAUCUACGUAAAUCCUAAAAAGUACGAUGUUUAUCCUGAAAUUGCUGAAGCUACAUCUAACUCUGAUAGAUCCGAAGAAUUCGAUGAUUCUUACUACUCUACGAAUUAUAACGGAGAUCCAUUUUAUCAGUAUAAACCUAAACACCCAUCUGACGUUAAUCUUUUAGCCACUUCUAAUGUUAGAUUUUCACCAGCAGGUAUUAACAGAUACAAUCCAUACUACGAUCCAUACUUUGCACGACCAUCUUUAACAAAACCACCACUAACAGUCGAAUCGCAAUUACAAAAUGCGUAUAUAUCGAACUAUCAGAAAAGAAAAAAACCACAACCCUUCAGCGUGAUGUUGGAUAUUUAUCCGAUUACCGAUAUAGUGGAACAGAAUAAACAAAAUGGGAAACCAAAAGUACAAAUUCCAUUAGAGGAUUACGACAUUAGAAGACCGAUUCAAUUCAAUAGAGGUCAUAAAUUUUAUUCCUCUAAUUCUCAACCUAUUCCUAUAGUGGCUGUACCUAAUCAACAAGCUUUAACGGACGAAGAAGAGAGACAGCAAAUGAUAUUUCAUUUGAAUCUUUAUCCAAGAAAAAAAAAUAAACUUAGUAGACACGAAUUGAUCCAUAGAUCGGAAAAUAUGGGACCCGAAGAACGUCAAGAAAUGGUCAAAAAAAUAAUGACACCUUUGGAAUCUAUUGCUAAACAUCUAACCGAUCAUUCAUCUAUCGAAAAUUCAAAACAAGAAGAAGACCAAGAAGAUGAAGAAAUAGUUUUACCUACCACUCAUCUUCAAGAGAAAGUUUUGACGAUCAAGGACGAGAAGAACGCAAACGAUACGGACGAUCGUACCGAAUUAUCCGAAAGUUCGAUCAUACCUUCGAAUCACAAAUCGAGCUUGGAGGAGGAUUAUGCUAGCACAGAGAAAUACGAGUAUGAGGCUCAAAAAAUCAUCGUCACUACGACGAGUACGACAGCGAUUAAUAACGAAUACAGCAAUCGUGAGAACACAACAACGACAGAGAACACCAAAAUUAUUAAUAUUUCUACCGAUAUUGAUACUCUAGAAGGAUUCGAACGAUUCGAUCGAACUCGUACAAACUGA